CAGCCUAAUCAGCCGACGUCCGAGUUCAAGGUGUUCCGGGUGAUUGAACCGCAGUUUCUGGCGACAAAGCCCACACCGACGUAGAUGACGACGACGCGGACGCCGACAAUGCCGAAGACGGUGGCAACUUCGUUGUUCAGUACCACUGGUCGUCGUGGAGCGAGCUGGACACUCUGGGUGGCCGGAUGCUGUUCGUCGGGCAUGGCUGCUCCAGAUCCUACGAGGUCGAUCAGUACCCGGGCUUCAAGGACGGCAUCUACUUCUUGGAUGACGGGGAUUUCUACGACGCGGCGGUGAUCUUCGGCAACGGCAAUGUGAGGCAGUACCCUUGCAGCGACAACGGGAGGUGGUCAGAAGGACAUGUCCAGCGCUGCUUCCCGAGAUGGGCUGGGCUGGGCUGGGCUGGACCCUGGCCUUUCGGAAUCUUCCAACUGGGCUCAGUUUCUUCAUUUUUGCCUGCCUUCGGAGUGCACGGGGGAGAAGCGCACGCAGAGAGAAUGAGGGGGCUCCUCGGGCGCCGGCGGCAGCCGCCGCCACUCCCCCUCUUCCCCGCCGCCAAGCGCUCGUCCGCUCCGGCGGGCCUCCUUCUCGGCCGCAUCCGCCGUCUCCUCCCGGCGAGCCGGCUCCUCCGGCUGCUCCUCCUACUCGCCCUCUUCUCCCUCGUCCCGCCGGCCUUCUUUCACCUCCGCCUGCGCCGCUUCCACCGCAUGCGCGAGAGGAAGUGCGGGUGGAUCACGAGCCCGCCUAUGGUGUGCGCGCACGGCGGCGACUCCACCGACGCGUUCCCCAACUCGAUGGAAGCAUUUCGGAUGGCUCUGGACGCGCGGGUCGACUGCGUGGAGGUGGACGUCUCGAGGUCCUCCGACGGCGUGCUCUUCGCGCUGCACGACAGGGAUCUGCAAAAAAUGUCUGGUAAUUCCACUGCCAAAGUUGGCUACUGGAGCACAGAUGAGAUAAAAGCACUAAGUACAAGGUUUCAGCUAUCGAAAAGUGUCCGAAACGAGGAUGUUCCUAAAGCAGAAGAUGCUCUGGCAAUGAUAUCACAGUCGGUUCGGCAGGUGAUUCUGGAUGUGAAAGUUGGCCCACCUUCAUUUGAGAAAGGUUUAGCUGAAGAUGUAUUGUCUCUUCUGAAGAGAACAAAUUGCAAAAAUUGUCUUGUGUGGGCAAAAAGUGAUGACCUAGGGAGAGAGAUGAUCAAGUUGUCUAAAGAUGUUGUGGUUGGUUAUAUUGUUAUGGUUGAUAAGUCCACUGGUAGAAGAACCGAGUUGGUGCGGCUCGAAGGGGCUAAAGUUGCUGGUGUAUAUCACCCUUUGAUCCAUGAAAAAGUAGUGAAGGUCAUGCGGAGACAUGAUAAGAAAGUUUUUGCAUGGACUGUUGACGAUACCAACUCCAUGGAGAAGAUGCUAUCUGAGCAUGUUGAUGCCAUUGUGACCAGCAAGCCUUCCGUCCUGCAGCAGCUUAUGCAUGAGACAAGAUCUGAGUGCAUGGAAGAUGGUUUUGCCUUACCAUAGGAUUUCUAUUUCUUAGUGCACAUUACUAUCACUGCAGGUUUGAGAACAAAAGAGUAAGAAUUUUUUUUAUAGAUUAGAUGAUGAUUUAUCUUAUCUUUUACACUUCGAUAGAUCAUUGAGAUAGGCCUUAAAAAAAUAUAAUUAACUUGCCAUGAAUCUUUUUUUGGUUUCAUUUUACCGCUCCACUACAACAGAUCAAGUGAUAGUGACAUUGUGAUAAUAUUAUCAUUGAUUCAUAGGAUCAUACUUUCACGAUUGAAUUUCAA